AUGAGAAUCACUGCUCUUGUCACCUUGGCCGCCGCGGUCUUGGCCUUCACCGACGCCUCGCCUAUCGCAAGAAGACCUCACCCCUCCGGAGGUCACUCCGUCCCCUUGACCCGCAAUGCCAGCUACAAGCACAACACCCGCGCCCAGAUUGCUAAGCUCAACAAGCGCUACCCUAGCUUGCAGAUCCUCGCCGGAUCCACCGGCCAAGUUCCCCUGACCGAUGUCAGCCCCGAUCUCGAGUAUUACGGAACUGUCGCGGUCGGUACUCCUGCCCAGAACUUCAAGUUGGACUUUGAUACCGGUUCCUCGGAUAUUUGGUUCCCUUCCAGCACCUGCACCACCACCGCUUGCAAGGCCCACACCCGUUUCAACUCGGCCAAGUCGACCUCCUACCAGGCUGAUGGUCGCAAAUGGAACAUUGCCUACGGCGAUGGUUCGACCGCCUCUGGCAUCCUAGGCUCUGACCUCGUCAGCGUCGGUGGUAUCUCUGUCCGCCAAACCAUUGGUCUCGCCACCAAGGAGUCCUCCCAGUUCGGUUCUUCCCCGGAGGAUGGUCUCUUUGGUCUUGGUUUCGACACCAUUGAAUCCGUCAGUGGAGUCAAGACCUUCUUGGACAACGCCAUCUCUGCUGGUGUCCUUGCUCAGCCCGUUGUCUCGGUCUUCUUGCCCUCCGAGCGUCUCUUCAACGGCCAGGGCGGAGAGUACCUCUUUGGCGGCAUCGACUCGACCAAGUACACCGGCUCCUUGACCUACGUCCCCGUCACCACGAAGGGCUACUGGCAGAUCCUGGUCCAGGAUGCCUCCUACAACGGCGCCUCUCUUGGCCAGACCUCCCAGGGAAUCGUUGACACCGGCACCACCCUCAUCAUUGUCGGCGAUGCUGCCGCUGCUGCCAUCCACAAGAAGAUCCCUGGAUCUGUUAACGACCCCAACAACGGCUGGUUGGUUCCUUGCUCGGCCUCUUCCAGCACUGCCAAGAUCGGAUUCAAGCUCGGUGGUGUCACCUUCAACGUCCCUGUUGCUGACCUUGCCUACGAGGAUCUCGGUGAUGGUUCCGGCAACUGCUUCUCUGGUGUCCAGGGUGGUCAGGACGGCCUCUGGAUUUUGGGAGAUGUGUUCAUCAAGAACAACUACUGCGUCUUCUCCCAGACCUCGACUCCCAGCAUCGGAAUCGCUCCCCUUGCUGUCUAA